AUGGCUUUCCGGUUAACUCUUGAACUUAUACUAUGCGUUGUCCUGGUGAGUAAUUUAACAGUAUCCAGAGCCUCAUCACGAUCAUCAGGACUUUUUGAAGCUGGUGAUUCUGCGAAUGUUUCCCUAGUGUUUGAUAAUUGGAUGGAAGAGCAUGGGCGUACUUAUGCAAACAGCGAGGAGAAGGCAAAGCGCUUUGCCAUAUUCAAGGCUAAGCGGUUUGACAUAGAAAACUUCAACAGACAUGGGAAUCAUAGUUUCACAUUAGGCCUCAAUGCAUUCAGUGAUAUUACUUAUGAAGAGUUCGAUGAGAUAUAUGGCUGCUCCUUUUUUGAUAUAUCAAACACGAACCCUAGCUCAUUCUCAACUUUUAGGUAUCAAGAUUUUAAAAUUGAUGAUCUUCCUGAAAGUUGGGACUGGAGGUCACAAGGAGCUGUGACCAAUGUCAAGAUCCAAGGAAAAUGUGGUGCUUGUUGGGCUUUUGCCACAGCAGCAGUAGUGGAAGGACUUACCCCUUUCUACAAUAAACCUUAUGGGAAACUUAUGAACUUGUCUGUGCAAGAACUUAUUACAUGUUCUAAGCCAUAUGGCAACAAAGGCUGCGAUGGUGGGGGUAACGCGAUCCGUGGUCUGAGGUAUGUAACGGAUUAUGGGCUCCUCCGUGAAGAAGAGUAUCCGUACCGGUUUGCUGACGACCAGUCUUGUGUCAAGGAUCCUGCUAGAGAUUUACCUCCCCCUGAUAUAAAGAUCUCUGGUUAUGAAGUUGUGCCCGAGUUUGAUGAAAUUGCUCUGGCCAAGGCUGUUUACCAUCAACCAGUUGCAGUCAUGCACUCCACGAGCUCCAGGUUUAUAAAUCACAGAGGCGGUAUUUUUAUGGAUGCAGAUGGAGAGUGUGCGAAAAAUAAGAUCAGCCACACUAGUACACUCGUUGGCUUCGGUACAAAUGCACUCGGUGAAGACUAUUGGAUUAUGAAGGGUUCAUGGGGCACCAGUUGGGGUGAACAUGGUUAUGCGAGAAUCAGAAGAAAUACUAGAAAUAAGCGAGGUGUUUGUAACCUAGCAAACAAACCAGUAUUUGGCUAUCUUUGA